CCCAAUCUACUGCGCCUGCGCAAUUCGAUUGUUCCCGGAAGUGCGUCCACGCACGUCUAGCAUGUGACAACCUUGAAACGAGUACGAAAACAAAAACUAGCAGGCAGCUCGUGUGAAAACUAAAGCGUUUUCGCCAUGCCAGUAACAAGAUUGCUAUACCCACUCUACCAGCUGGGUAACCCUCAGCUGAGGAUGUUUAGACCAAACUGGUUCCUGACUCUGGUGAGGCCGGGCAAAGAGCAGCCUCCCGACACUGUCCAGUUUCGCAUUCCAAUGGAAAUGACCAAGUUUGACGUAAAGAACUACCUGGAGAAGAUUUAUGACGUCCCUGUGGGAGCUGUCCGUACCAGGAUACAGUUUGGUUCCAACAAGAAGAGGAAUCAUCUGAACCAGAAGGUUAAGCAGCCUGACUAUAAAGUGGCCUACGUUCAGCUGUUUCUCACAUGUAUCAGGGCAGUCCUACAGGUGUGCGGGAGGCCAGAAAGACCCUUUCCUUCCUCAUCUUUUCACUGUUUGAAGUCUGUUAGUCUUUGAAAUGCAACAAAUAUAUGCCGAAAAUGUCAAAGUUACUCUUUUAAUGCACCUUUGAUGCAGACGCGAAAAAGCAAGUCUCCUUUGUUUUGUUCCUGCCGUUUUGAUCUUGCGCAGAUAAAUCAACAGUGGUGUAGACGCUUGUUUACGCCGUGCCUCCCACCCGACUGGGAUCCAUCAAUCUUGAAGCGGAUGAAUAAUGAAAAUUGUCUAAACAUGACAAUUUGAAAUAGGAUACAUAAUUGAAGCAGCCAUGAAUCUUUUAAACAGGAGACUUCCUCUUGUCUGACACCAAGGAAGUGGCCUGUGAUUUUGUGUGCGUCUGGAAUUCCCAGCGGAGUCGAUAGUGACUCUCCUGUCUCACCAGACGUGCACAGUGGUGAGGCUGCAGUGCACGCACGCCCGUAUUCACACACGCACGCACACACACGCAUGCACGCACACACGGACACUUGUGACAUGUGUGCAUCAUGCAUACAUGCUGAGCCCUUGAGGAGUGUUUUUCCUCUGUUGUCAUUCGCUCUGUAGUCGCAAUCAUGUCGUGGUUUUCUGAAGUCAUUCUCAUUUGCUGGUGAACUGCGGACAGAAAUGCUGAGAUGCAGGCUCAAAAUGGCUUUUAAAACCAAAUAUCCGGCCUGUUCCUCUGUCAGGUUUUCAGAAAAACAUGCUCUCUCUCUCAACUUUCUUUCCUUUCUCAACCUUCGCAAGUGUGUGUGUGUGUGUGUGUGCGCGCACACGCUUAGACAAACUCACACACACAGAGGCCCAGAAAACCCUCCUUUCUUUUGCAGCGGUGGGUAGAAAACAAGAUUGUUCCUAAUUGACUCCACAUGUGGGAGAGUGUUCUGUGGGUCGAUGCUCACACCGCGGUCCCCCCAUUCUACCCUCAUCCUUCCAGAAACACCCCCCCCCACCCAAACUCGGUGAUAUUGCAGCGGUAAUACGUUUGCUCUCUCUUUCUCUCUCAUUCCUUACUCUUGGUUUCUGGUCGAAGGGAGGCCUCCUGUUAGCGGGGUUCCGUGACCGCCUUUUUCGUCAGGCUUAGGGGGGACCCCAGUUACAGGGGGGGAAAAGGGAGAGAGAGAGCGCGUCUGCAUGUGUGAAAUGUGCACUGUGUGUGGGAAAGCGUGUAUAUGUGAGUGAGGGGCUGCAAAGGGUGAACUGGGGAGGUGACUAAGGCCAUGAUGGAGUCAUGCCAGAGCAGUGAGGUCCAGAGACGGGGCAAAGCGAUAGAGGAGGGGAGGGGGACGAGUCUGUGUGUGUUACACAGGGAGCUGGUGCUGAUUGCACGGUGACAGAAAGAGAGAGGUACAAAAUGAAAAUUCUUGUCUGUCACAGUGAUUUUACAUAGUUCGUAGUGUUGAGAAUCAUCAUCAAGCGUUGAUGCACUGCAAUGAGACUAAAACGGAGCUAGCUAGCCUCAAACACUUGUUUCCAGUGUUUUCAGUCAACUCAUUUUGGCAGAAUCUUUGACGAUAAGAUGUUUGAUGUCUUAUAAACAAAACUUACAUGCACAGUUCCUAUUACAUUUCCUCUCUGGGUCACAAACACUUUAUUAUAUAUAACUUAAUUCUUAUCAGUGAAACCUGCAAUUUUGCUGCCAAACUUACUUUUAAUUUGUCUUCACAAAUCCCUGUAGUUUAUCCUCAUAUCUCAGCACUGUGAUGCACCACUACGUCUAGUUAAACGCACUUUUAUUUGAAACCUUUGUAAACCCAGUCUAGUCUGCAUAAAAUAGAACCACUCCAGUUUGGAAAUUAUAGUCAUUUCUGCAUUUUUU